GCGCGGGAGCGAGCGUCAUGAUCCAAGGACGGUCCGCGGGCUCGCGAGCUUCAGGUCAUCUGGAAGUCCGCGAGCAUCAACAGACACCGACUACCCGAGACAACAUUUAAAAUAUGAACUGAUGAAUUCAGUAGAAAAGACAAAUAUGUAAAUGUUUUUUUGCCGCUGCUGAAUGAAACGACACGGUGAAUCAACAGGACGAGGCGCGAGACGGUAUCAACAAUGUCAACCGGGUUUGUCGUUUAAACUGUGAAUGAAAAACAUUUUAUCCGUCAAUGAAGAAGCGAGGACUUUCACCUUCACCUUUGGUGUGAAACGGUAAGCGCACGGAACAAAAAAACGUCACCAGAGAUUUUGAACGGUUCAACAUUUGAUGUAUUGGACUAAUUAAAAACAAAAACAUUUCACCUGAAAGACCCGAGACACCGGACAGAACCGGAGGAGGAAAAAGCUGACGGUACCGGGCUGACACCGGAACGCUGGGAGGGAUCACCGUGAUUUAAAUAAAUCACAGACGGUGAAAUCAACAGGAGACCGAGUGAACGACGCAGCUUUGUAACGGAAUUCUGACCCGUGGGGCGGAACAAUUAUUGUUUUUUAAUUUGAAAAACCUGCAGGAGAGACAGAACCGGCUGUAAACAUGGAGCUGCGUGGCAUGCUCCUUCUCACCGUGCUACAAUGCUGUUCGGUUGCUCGUGGUGGUUGCGAGCCCCGGCUGGUUAACAUCGGUGCAGUGCUGAGUCAUAAACGCUACGAGCAGGUGUUUAAGGAGGCGGUAAGCCAGGCCAACACCCUGUACGGUAAAGAGAAGUUCAAGAUGAACGCCAUCUCCGUCACACACAAACCCAACGCCAUCCAGAUGGCUCUGUCCGUCUGCGAGGACCUCAUCUCCAACCAGGUGUAUGCGAUCUUGGUCAGUCACCCUUCUCAGUCCAAUGACCACCUCACCCCGACUCCCGUCUCCUACACCGCUGGUUUCUACCGAAUCCCAGUGGUCGGCCUGACAACACGCAUGUCCAUCUACUCUGACAAGAGCAUCCACUUGUCGUUCCUGAGGACAGUGCCUCCGUACUCGCACCAGGCUCAUGUCUGGUUUGACCUUAUGAGAGAGUUCAGGUGGAACCACAUCAUCCUUAUCGUCAGCGACGACCACGAAGGACGAGCCGCUCAGAAGAGACUGGAGACGCUGCUGGAGGAGCGAGAAACCAAGACUAAAAACAGGAACUAUGAAAACCUCGACCAACAGAACUUUGACUUCAGGAGAACACCCAAGGCAGAGAAGGUGCUGCUCUUCAGCCCAGACACCAACCUGACGGCUCUGCUGCUGGAGGCCAAAGACCUGGAGGCCCGAGUCAUCAUCCUGUCUGCCAGUGAGGACGAAGCUGCAGCAGUGUAUAAAGCAGCCCGUCAGCUCAACAUGACCGGCUCUGGUUACGUCUGGCUGGUCGGAGAGAGAGAGAUGACCGGCAAAGCUCUGAAUGAAGCUCCAGAUGGCCUGCUGGGCCUUCAGCUGAUUAACGGUAAAAACGAGUCGGCUCACAUAGCAGACGCUGUGGCGGUGGUGGCUCAGUCUCUGCAGGAGCUGUUUGAAAAGGAGAACAUCACGGAGCCUCCGCGGGGCUGCGUGGGAAACACUAACAUCUGGAGGACAGGACCACUCUUUAAACGAGUGCUGAUGUCAUCCAAGUACCCUGACGGUCUGACUGGACGGAUCGAGUUUAACGACGACGGCGACCGACGCUUCGCAACCUAUAGCAUCCUGAACUGGCAACAGAAGCCAAGUCGCCUCGUCCAGGUUGGAGUCUUCAACGGAUCACAGGUUGUGAUGAACCCUCAGAGAAAGAUCAUCUGGCCUGGGGGAGAGACAGAGAAACCAGUUGGAUACCAGAUGUCGACUAAACUGAAGAUUGUAACGAUCCAUCAGGAGCCAUUUGUUUACGUGAAGCCAACAAAGACUGAUGGGACUUGUAAAGAGGAGUACACCGUCAACGGAGUCUUAAUCAAAAAGGUGAUCUGUACCGGACCCAACGGGACCACACCAGGUCAGCCCAUCGUCCCUCAGUGUUGCUACGGUUUCUGCAUUGACCUGCUCAUCAAGCUGGCGAUGAGCAUGAACUUCACCUACGAAGUUCACCUGGUCGCUGAUGGGAAAUUUGGCACUCAAGAGCGCGUGAACAACAGUAACAAGAAGGAGUGGAACGGAAUGAUGGGGGAGCUUUUAGGAGGUCUGGCCGACAUGAUCGUCGCUCCCCUCACCAUCAACAACGAGCGUGCUCAGUACAUUGAGUUCUCCAAACCCUUUAAAUACCAGGGGCUAACCAUCCUCGUCAAGAAGGAAAUCCCUCGCAGUACUCUGGAUUCAUUCAUGCAGCCGUUCCAGAGCACACUGUGGCUGUUAGUCGGUCUGUCGGUCCAUGUGGUGGCAGUGAUGCUUUACCUAUUAGACCGGUUCAGCCCGUUUGGAAGGUUUAAAGUAAAUAGUGAAGAAGAAGAAGAAGACGCCCUCACCUUGUCCUCUGCCAUGUGGUUCUCAUGGGGAGUGCUGUUGAACUCUGGGAUAGGAGAAGGAGCUCCCAGGAGUUUCUCAGCGAGGAUUCUGGGUAUGGUGUGGGCAGGUUUCGCUAUGAUCAUUGUAGCAUCAUAUACUGCCAACCUGGCAGCCUUCCUUGUGUUGGACCGGCCUGAGGAGCGCAUCACUGGCAUCAAUGACCCCAGGCUGCGUAACCCAUCAGAUAAGUUCAUCUACGCCACAGUGAAGCAGAGUUCGGUGGAUAUCUACUUUAGACGGCAGGUGGAGCUGAGCACCAUGUACCGGCACAUGGAGAAACACAACUACGAGAGUGCUGCUGAGGCCAUCCAAGCCGUCAGAGACAAUAAGCUUCAUGCCUUCAUCUGGGACAGCGCUGUGUUGGAGUUCGAGGCAUCACAAAAGUGCGAUCUGGUGACGACAGGAGAGCUUUUCUUUCGCUCCGGAUUCGGGAUUGGAAUGAGAAAAGACAGUCCGUGGAAACAGAACGUUUCUUUGGCUAUUCUCAGCUCUCAUGAGAAUGGCUUCAUGGAAGACCUGGACAAGACGUGGGUUCGAUACCAGGAGUGUGACUCCAGGAGCAACGCCCCCGCUACCCUUACGUUCGAGAACAUGGCAGGUGUGUUCAUGCUGGUUGCCGGGGGCAUCGUCGCCGGGAUCUUCCUCAUCUUCAUUGAGAUCGCUUACAAACGACACAAAGACGCUCGAAGGAAACAGAUGCAGCUUGCCUUUGCUGCUGUGAACGUCUGGAGGAAAAACCUGCAGGUACCAGACUCUAUUUUGCUGUACUCUACACUGCUGUACUCCACUCUAACUGUAUUCUAUUCUACUGUACUGUACUCUACUGUGUGCGUGUUUUUGAACCUACUCUGCUCUUAUUUCUGCUCUUAUAUUCUUCUGUGCUGCUGUUCACGUUAUUUUAUUUUCCCAGGAACAAAUGAUUUGAAUUUAAUACUAUUCUAUUAGUAUUUAUCAAUGGAA